AUGCGCUUCGAAGACAGCGUCACGUCGUUCCACGAAGCGCUCGCGGACCUCCACGUCGCCCGCGUCUGCCACGCGCUCGACCACAUGCGCCUCGCGUCAACGUCCUCCCUCCCCCUCCCUCCCACCAGCGACAGCAACAAGGACAACGCCGCGUCGUUGUCCGUACGCGACGAGAUCCGGCGCAGCUGCGAGCUCAAAGCGCACCGUCUGCACGACCUGUCGCUCGUGCAAUUGCGACACGCCUGCACCGGCCCGAACGUCGAUGUAGACGAGGCGCUUGCCGCGUUUAUGCACUGCGUCACGCUGGGCGCUGCGCGUGACGCGGCAACGCCGUUUGCCAGCUGUUUACACGGUCUCUUUACUGUCCAAGCCCAGGCUCGACUCGAGCGCGUGAGAAGCAGCCGAGCCACGGCGCACGUGAAUGAACAUGGCUACAUUGACCGCGUGUUUUACGUAGAAGCCCUGAGUGAGCUGGUGACAGGCGCGACGGAGAUUAUGAACGCCGUGGCCGAUGUCGUGCAAGAUACGCCGGUGCUGCGACAAGUGCUGGAGCCGAUCCAUGCGUCGUGUGCUGAGAUGGCGCUGCAGAUGGUGCAAUUGUAUGCUGGAGAUGCACGCAUGAAGGCGUGGGAACGACGAGCGAAGGCCCAGGCAGAGCGAGACUCGAGAGAGCGAGAGGCACAGGUUGAGGCGGACGAGAGUUUGCAGAUGAUUGACUUGUUCUUGGACGAAGUGGCCUUCAUGAUUCGAGUGUUGGUGAGCUAUACGACGUUCCUUAAGACAGUGUGUGAAGACUUGGGAACGCAGAAUGCGCAGUGUGGAUUCCAGAUGAAAGUGCAGGAGCUCACCGGCGUGUACGUGGUGCUCGAGCGGUUUUACGUGUUCCAGUCCGUGCAGAAAGCGACGGUCAUUGCGGAGCCGCAGGAACUCGAGCCGGGUGUUUAUGUAUCAAGCGUCGUCGAAGAUGUGUCGUUUGUGCUGAAUAAAGCGUUCUAUCGAGCAUCUCAAUGCAUGAACUACCACACUGCCUUAUCUAUUGUGAUUGCGCUCGUAGACGCUUUGGAGUCGCUGUACUUGCCAGCUAUAUUAGUGCUGCUUAGUCGACCGUGUGUGAUCCCAUCAAGUUCUGCUGAAGCGGCUUCAGUAAACUCGAUCGACGGUGACAGCACUAGAUCUGAUGAUAGCACUGAUAAUGCCAACGGCGUGUCGUUUUCAGAUGCGCUACUGCAAGCAGUGGACGAAGACUUGAAGCAAGCUCUACAGGAAGAAGCAAAACUUCUUAUGACUAUCAAUUCGGCCUACAUGAGCGGCAAGUUUGUCCAAGCGCUGCAAGAAAAGAUUGACGAGUAUUCACGCACGGGCUUUCUUCAUGAAGCAUCGAUCCUCGAUUGCCUACCCACUCCCAUCCACGACAUGACCGAAGCCUUCCACUCGAUUGUGUCGAAUGAAGUGCAGGAAGUGCUGUCCCGAUCAAUGUGCAAGCGGUUGCUGGAAGUGAUCCGCCUAUCGAUGAACGAACAGCUGAAGUACGUGCUCACGUCAGCAGAGUACGAUGCGUUUGGCUCGCGGGGAUCUCCGUUGCUACGACUUGUCGAGCGUGAGGUGAUGCACAACCAAGAACUACAGCGCUAUAAGCGUGCACUCUGCAGCGCUCCAUAUGAAGACCUGGUUGAAGCCGUUGCAAAAGCGAUAACUUCCUGUCUCGAAUGCGCUCUGCUGGCUGUCAAGAAACCUUGUAACGAAUUGGGUGCACUGCAGCUGGAGCGUGAGGUGACUGAUAUCCUCGCACUACUAUCGACGUUAGUGCCUCAGAAGAGUUUGCGCGCGUCGUUUACCCGACUCUUUCAGGUGAUUUUCAUCCUGAACCUCAUGCAGCCCUCGCAUGUGGUGGACUACCUUGCUCGGGUACGUGAAGAGCUUUCGGUGGAUACUAUCGCAAUCCUAUUGCAAAUGCGCGUGGACUUCCAGCCAGAGGACGUCGCACUUGCAAUCGAUCAACUGACCAAGGAGGUGGACGUGGAGACGAAAGCUGAGCUAGCUCCGAGCUUAUCGUAG